GGACAGCUGUGGGGAGCCCCCAGGGCCCUGGAAAGGACACGGAGGCGCCACCAGGGACCUACCCAGAGGAUCUCAGGAGAGAAGGAUUACGGAGAUGCCUUCUCUGAGGAAACCCUGGCACUCCAUGGCAAAGGUGCUCAUCCUGGGAUGCCUGUUCACCGGCUUCCUUCUGCUGUUCUACGCCUACGUGGCCCCACUGCAAGUCAGCAUGACUGAGCCCCCCGCCGGAACCUCCUGCUCUCCGCCGACGCCGCCGGUCAACAGCAGCAGCGGCGAGGGCUCCUGCCGGCCCAAGACGGACAUCGUGUUCAUGAAGACCCACAAGACGGCCAGCAGCACCCUGCUCAACAUCCUCUUCCGCUUCGGCCAGAAGCACCGGCUCAAGUUCGCCUUCCCCAGCGGCUACAACGACUUCAACUACCCGGCCUUCUUCAAGCGCAGCCUGGUGCACAACUACCAGCCGGGCGACUGCUUCAACAUCAUCUGCAACCACAUGCGCUUCCGCUACCCCGAGGUCCGCGGCCUGGUGGCCCCCGACGCCACCUUCAUCACGGUGCUGCGCGACCCGGCCCGCCUCUUCGAGUCGUCCUUCCACUACUUCGGCACGGUGGUGCCCUUCACGUGGAGGCUCACGGGCCGCGACAAGCUGGCCAAGUUCCUGCAGGACCCGCACCGCUACUACGACCCCAAGGGCUUCAACGCCCACUACCUCCGCAACCUGCUCUUCUUCGACCUGGGCUACGACAGCGGGCUGGACCCCCGCAGCCCCCAGGUGGAGGCGCACAUCCUGGAGGUGGAGCAGAGGUUCCACCUGGUCAUGCUGCAGGAGUACUUCGACGAGUCGCUGGUGCUGCUCAAGGAGCUGCUGUGCUGGGAGCUCGAGGACAUCGUCUACUUCAAGCUCAACGCCCGUCGGGCCUCCGCCGUCCCGCGGCUGACGGGCGAGCUCUACCGGCGGGCCACCGCCUGGAACCAGCUGGACGCGCUGCUCUACCGCCACUUCAACGCCAGCUUCUGGCGCAAGGUGGAGGCCUUCGGGCGGGAGCGCAUGGCCCGCGAGGUGGCCUCGCUGCGGCGGGAGAACGAGCGCAUGCGGCGCAUCUGCAUCGACGGGGGCCGGGCCGUGGACGCCGAGGCCAUCCAGGAGUCGUCCAUGCAGCCCUGGCAGCCGCUGGGCACCAAGACCAUCCUGGGCUACAACCUGAAGAAGCGGAUCAGCCAGCGGCACCAGCAGCUGUGCCGGAAGAUGCUGACCCCCGAGAUCCAGUACCUCAUUGACCUGGGGGUCAACCUGUGGGUCAUCCGGCUGCUGAAGUAUAUCAGGGAGUUCCUCCGCUGGUGACGGGCGGCCGCCGGCCCGUGCCUGCCCUCUCUCUCUCUCUCUCUCUCUCUCUCUCUCUCUCUCUCUCC